AUGAUGUCGAUGCUGGGCGUUAUCAUGUGCGCCAAACUGUCGCUGAUGGGACCGCUGGCCAUGGUCAUGAUUGGCGCUAAAGCGCUCAAGGCACUGCUGCUGGCCGUCGUGUCGCUGACCAUAUCCAAACUCAUGUUGCUCAAGAAGUUUAAGGGCGGAGGAGGCGGCGGAGGCGGAUACGGCAGCGGAUCCGUGGUCCAGGCCGACUGGUCGUCGGACAAGGACGACCGGAACGCGCAUCUGCUAGCCUAUGCCGGACAGUCGGCCGCCGCCUCGGGGACAGCUGUCAUGUCGCCGUCUUCGCAACAACCCCUCCAACAGAUGUACCCUUCGUACGAACCUCACGGCUACCACGGGGCUGCCUGA